UUGUCAGGCACCACAUCUGAUUGGCUGGCACACGUGCUGCCCCGGCUGGAUACACAAGCUAUCAAUUUUCUACUGAAUAUCCUCACAUCCGGUACCGUUGCCUCAGCGCCAGUAUAUACUCCACCCGUCCAGCAACUCGCCCUAGCCGCAACUCUCCUCAUACACCCCUCCACCACCACGCGCGCAAAAACAACUGAGGAGGAAGAAGCACCCCUGGCCGCAUUACGUCUGCUUCGACUGACCAAUACACUCGUCGGACCCAUCUCUUCGAAGCUAAACGUCGCAUUCUCAUUCAACGUACCCGAUUUUCCCCGCCAUACAAGACGACGUCCCGUGGCAGAGAACAUUCCCCCACCCUCGGACCUAUCUUCCGAUGAUACGAAACCCUUGAACUUAGAUCUAGGCCAGUCUCUUUCCCUGUGGUCUAAUGCAGAAGACUUUUGGCAUGUCGUUGGCUGGGCGUUCAACUGUUCUGUUCGCCAUCGUCCGCGCUGGACGUGGUGGCAGGUCUGGCUUGAAUACAUGUGUGAUGUUCUAGAGGGUGAUUGGAACGAACGAUUUCGACAGUAUAAGGAGGCUCACACCGGAAUCACCAUUAAUGAACAGGGACCACCGCCCUCCCCGAAGAAGUCCCGAAGGAGGAAAAUGCAUCAUGACGAUGAUCCAGCCCUGCAGAUCCUCAGAGAAAGCCUCAUAUUCCGUUACAUUCACGGAGCUAGCACCACGUACGGUCCAUACCGGCGCAUCGUCCGCUCCAUCUUUGCAGACGGUGGCUCGACCUCUCGCAACGAGUUUCGCGAAGUCUUCGAAAAUGAACUCAAAUACGCAAAAGCUCACACCUCCACCAGCAGAAAGCGCAGCGCGCAGGUCAACAUCGAUGAGAACGAGUUCGGCGACUACCUCACGGACGAUGAUCCGAUCGAGGAUGGAGACUAUGACGAUGAAAACAAGGAUAUCAAUGAGACGGACGCCAAUUCCGACGAGGAAGUAUAUCCGUCUGUUUCAACCACCAGCAGGUCCAAACGCUCUCAAGAAAAACCCACCCCUCGGCGCGCACCCCAGCCCAAGCGCAGAGGCAAAUCACUCGCCAUAGGCCCCAACGGCAUCAAUACACCCCCCGGCCCAUACGGCGGCUCUGCCCCAAGCACUGGCGCUCGUGUGCCCAUCGAAGAGCUUCCCACAAGACACAUCCCCUACAUGCACGGCGACGUCGGCUUCUACGGAGGCAUGCGCUCGCUCGGUCUCCGACAACGACUCCUACAACUCCUAUCCACCGUCUCCCAAUACCUCCCCGACGACUUCAUCCACCUCGAAGACCUCUACCACCUCUACGCCGAAAACAUCCGCCAUCUGCCCCUCCCUGUAUUCCAAGCCUUCAUCAGCCCCUCCACCCUCCCCUACCUCUCUGGCCAUGCCAAAACCACCCUCUGCGAGUUCCUCCUCUUUCGCAUGCGCGAGACCGCCGCCCCCGACACCGACGACGAAUAUCUCAACCAAGCCAAGCUGGAACGAUGUUUCCUGCCUUACGCGGCCAGCACAAAAUUCAUAGCCGAUAACACCAAAAUCUCCCUCAUCCUGGAGUCACUGAUCAUUCUUCUCGCCGAUAACGGCAUGCUAAGCGUCACGAAAAGUCUGCGAGAAGCUGUUCAUAAGGGCGUUAAUCGUCGUUUCGACCGGUCCGAAUACCAAUCGCGGAAAUAUGUCCAGGAAGCUUACAGGUGGGCGGAUGAUAUCGAGCGGGCGUGGUUGGAGGAGAGUGCGGAGCGGUUACAAUUUCUCGUGCUUUGUAUUCUGCCGUUCGAGGGUGAUGCCACUACCACAUGA